AUGUCUGAUCGAGGCGGAUUCUCCCGCGGUUUCGGCCGCGGUGGUGAACGCGGUCGCGGUGAUCGCGGUCGCGGUGAUCGCGGACGCGGCGAUCGCGGACGCGGACGCGGACGCGGACGCGGACGCGGCGGCGACGACAAGGAUGUGUGGGUGCCGUGCACCAAGCUCGGUCGUCUCGUGCAACAAGGGAAGAUCAAGUCGCUCGAACACAUCUUCUUGUUCUCUUUGCCGAUCAAGGAGCACCAAAUCGUUGAACACUUCAUCGGUGGGGAGCUUAAGGAUGAAGUUAUGAAGAUUUGCCCGGUUCAAAAGCAAACCACGGCGGGUCAGCGCAUGCGCUUCAAGGCGUUCGUCGUCGUCGGCGACUGCAACGGUCACAUCGGUCUCGGUGUCAAGGCGUGCAAGGAAGUCGCGCACUCGAUCCAAGGUUCUAUGAUUUUGGCCAAGCUCAACAUCGUUCCGGUGCGCCGAGGUUACUGGGGCUCCAAGCUCGGUGAGCCGCACACCAUCCCGACCAAGGUUCACGGCAAGUGCGGUUCCGUGCACGUUCGUCUCAUCCCGGCGCCGCGUGGUGCGGGUAUCGUCGCGUCCGGUACCGUUAAGAAGGUGCUCGCCAUGGCGGGUCUCCACGACGUGUACACGUGCUCUAGAGGUCACACCCGUACGCUCGGUAACUCCGUGAAGGCGACGUACGAAGCGCUCAAGAAUUCUUACGGCUUCUUGACGCCGGAUUUGUGGGCUGAGACUCGUUUCGCGAAGCCGCCGGCGCAGGAAUUCACCGAUUUGCUCUCCAAGCCGGACCGCAAGGCUCGCGAUUACUAG